AUGGAGUCUCCGGGCCCCGCGGCCGCGCUGACGGUCAUGGACCCCUCGGUGACGCUCUGGCAGUUCCUGCUGCAGCUGCUGGAGCAGCAGAGCAACGGGCACCUGAUCGCCUGGACGUCGGCCGACGGCGAGUUCAAGCUGGUGGACGCCGAGGAGGUGGCCCGGCUCUGGGGGCUGCGCAAGAACAAAACCAACAUGAACUACGACAAGCUCAGCCGCGCCCUGCGCUACUACUACGACAAGAACAUCAUCCGGAAGGUCAACGGGCAGAAGUUUGUCUAUAAAUUCGUCUCGUACCCAGAGCCAGCCGGCGCGGAGGGGGCCCGGGAGGAAGGGAUGCUCCGGCGGGUGGAGCCGGCCCUGGCCGAGUCCCGGCUCGGGGAGGGUAGCUCCGGGCCCCCCAAGUCCCUGCGUGGGGGGAGCGUCCCCCGGAGUAGCCGUAACGAGUACAUGCGCUCGGGUCUGUACUCCACUUUCACCAUCCAGUCGCUGCAGGCGGCCCCCCCAGGGCGAGCGCCCCGCCAGGACCCCCCAGCCCUCUGCAGCGAGCCCCCGGACCACCCCGACCUGGACCCCGGGAAGAUGGAGGAGAUUCCCCAGCUGGAGAUCAGCAUUGAAGAAGCAGACGAGAGCGAACCACUGCAGGCCUUUGUGGCGCCGGAGCCCCUGGAUGCAGAGUGCCCCCCCCCAGAGGCGACGCCUCCGCGGGACCCCGGGCUGCGGCCGGUGGUGGUGAAAGUGGAGGCGGAGGGGGAGACGGAGGGGUCCCCGCUCCUGGUUCUGAUCGACUCGGGGGUGAAGCAGGAAGCGCCGCCUGCCGAAGAGGCCCCCAGGGGGACAGAGGCUGAGCUCCUGGCGGGGGAGGGGCCUCAGGAGGAGAAGGGGGAGGGGGGGUCUGGGGGGGCCCCCAGCGAGGGGCACGGCGCGAAGGGGCGGAAGCCCAAGGACCUGGCGCUGCCCUCCCUGCCCGGGCAGGAGAAGAUCAGCGCAGCCGGCGGCUCCCUGCUGGCGCCCGGCGGGGGAGCGGGCAGCGGGCUGACGCCGACCACCGUGAUCUCCACGCACGCACUAACCCCCGUCCUGCUGACCCCCAGCUCCCUGCCACCCACCAUCCACUUCUGGAGCACCCUGAGCCCCAUCGCCCCACACAGCCCCGCCAAGCUCUCCUUCCAGUUUCCCUCUAACUCUGGUGGGCAAAUUCACAUCCCCUCGCUGAGCGUGGACGGACUCUCCACUCCGGUCGUGCUGUCCCCGGGGCCCCAGAAGCCGUGA